ACGUACUACUCUGGCAAAAACGACAUCUAGAAAUCGUGACAAAAGUACCAACGCAACAUCUGGAAAUCGCGACAUUCGUCCAGCGUGACAUUUGGAUCGUUACACUGUACGUAAAAUGUGACACUCAUGCAAGUGCGACGUCUGAAAAAAACGACAUCUAGACAAGUCGACAAUGUUGCAAACGUGACAUUUGAAAAACUCACCAAUCUGAAAAUGGGACAUUUGACAAACACGACAGUCAAGCCAACGAUAAAUGUGGUAAAGUCGACAAAUAUGUUAUGUGACGUUUAGAAAUAUGGACAUCUUUGCACAAGGACAAUUGUACAUUGUGACAAUUGUAAAAUUUGACUUUUGGAAAUGUUACCACUCACUUACAAGCGACAUAUGGAUAACGUGACAGUUGAACAUAGUGACACUUGUGAAAAGGUACAUUCGGAAAAAUAAUUAUUUCUACUUACCAGCAAUGAAUUUAUAAGAAAUCCGUAGAUAAAGUAGAUUUCUUAUGGUAAUGAAACAUGGAAAGAGAGAGGACAUACAUUUUAAAUAAAACUCUAACUAAUGCAGCCAAAAAAUUAUUUUAAUAUGUUUAAUAAAUUUUAGGAUAAAACAAUCCAAUUGAAAAUAUUAAAUUAAAUUUAUUUAUCAUUAUCACUAACUCAAAUUGAUAUUAUUCUACGUACAUAAUAAAAUGCUAUACAAAUAAUGUUAAUUAAAAAUAAUCUCGUAAUAUAAAUUUUUUUGUACCUAAUUGAAUUUAUGAAAUCAAACUUACUUACCAUGCUCUUAUACCAGCUAUAUUCUGAGUACACUAUCUAAUUCUAUAAAAAUAAGAAUAAUUAGGAUAUCUUAUCACUAAUAGCUAGGACUCUUGGUGAUUUUCGAAACGGAUAUUCUUCCGAUGAUGACACCAACAUGAAUUCAGAAAAUGAAGUGAUUGCAGAUGUUGAUACUGGUAAUUCCGAUGAUGAGACUAAUGGAGAUGUAGAUAAUGAAGCUGCAGCUGUUACUUCUAGCAAUCCCGAUGAUGUUACUUACAUGGAUUCAAAUAAUGAUAUUGAUAAUGAUUCGGAAGAAUCCGAGGCUGACACUAUCAUUCUCGAUUUUGAUGACUAUUCUCAUGGCAAUGUUCCUAAUCCCGACCUAAAUGGUGCUGAUGUUGCCUGCAGUUUACGGCGCGACGCGGUUACACCUGCGGACUUGAACAACGCUAUCAGAAGUGAAGAAUGUAUGACUUACAUGGCCGCUGUUCCGAACGUCUACUACAAGCCCUGUGGGCACUAUACUUUUUGCGAAGCCUGUCAUAAGAAGAUGUUGAAUGAUGUGCUAACCGAGGGUGGUGAUUUCAUAUGUCAAAUGUGUCAUCAGUAUGUAAACGAAGUUUUUAUUAUUUAAAAAAACUUUUAAAAACGGUGUCAAAGAUGGUCUUCAGCAAGGUUUUAUAAAAAAAAGAAAUUUCGUUUUGAGGGUACUCUCAGACACUGCCCCUUCCCUAUUUCGAAAAAAUAUUCAAUGACUUUUCACUUUCAUAAGCGUAUCAAAAUUUUAUUAACA